CACGUCGGUGGGGGAUACAGAAGAACCGGCCGGCGAUGAAUUACGACAAACUCAGCAGGUCAUUGCGCUACUACUACGAGAAGGGAAUCAUGCAGAAGGUGGCCGGCGAGAGAUAUGUCUACAAGUUCGUGUGUGACCCCGAGGCCUUGUUCUCCAUGGCGUUUCCUGACAAUCAGCGGCCGGUGCUGAAAACUGACAUGGAGCGGCAGAUCAACGAGGAGGACACGGUGCCGCUGUCGCACUUUGACGAAAACAUGGCAUACGUACAGGAGGGACCCUACUGCCAGCCGCACCCCUACAGCGAGGGCUACGUUUAUUAACGUCAGCCCCACAAAACCCACACCUCCACCCGACCCUCCUCCCACCUGCCUCCAUCCGUACACAUGAGACUGUCGUGUCCUCUAACUCGCAGCCGCUCGGGGAAUUAGACUGAACACACACAUGCAGCGGCGCUUCCCUUCCCCUCUGUCUCAAACACGUACACGUCCUUUUGCUCUUGUCUUUCUGACCGCACAGCAAGAUGGAGAGUGCACUUUAUGGACCGGAACGGCGCGAUGUUAGCCUGCCGGGGGCUAGCUAUGUGAUUGGCUUUUUACUCAUUUAUGUUUGUACAUUAAUGUGGGAAUCAUUCCGUUUGUUCGGUUGGUUUUUUUGAAGUCCUUAUGAUUUUGAGCAUGUGCCGCCCUAACGAGACUGGACUAAUUUACGGUCACUUUGAUCUCCUGCUAAAGAAACCGUCUCAUCGACACUCGCAAAAGAUGGCCAUUUGUUUGACUGUCUUUCUUUUUGUCUUCAUCCUGUACUGGAAACGUGUUAACGAUACUUUUAUGGUGAAGUGACAUGAUUAUAGACUUGAAAAAGUAAUGUGAUUAUAAAAGAGACAUUUAGCUAUCAGUGAGAACUGCCUCGCCACCGGUCUGAACACCGCACCUCUGUCCGUCAACGCCCGUCGUCCAAUCAGACUGUAGAUUUCAUCAUGUAGGUGUUGUAAUGACAUAAACUCCACUGGAUCCUCAGCAGCUCAACAACCUUGUGGGUCAGUAAAGAUGAGACUUUCACUUACAAGGACGCACUCCGGGGAAAAAAAAUGUCUGGAUGACAAAAAAAAAUACUUUCUCUGCGUCACGCGUGAAUGGCCUGCGU